AUGGGUCCUGUUUCCCAGGCAAAGGUAAAAUAUGGAAUUGGUGGUGUUUUUAGGAACAUAUAUGGGAAUUGGAUUAUAAGAUUUGCAGGAACCACAAAGGAAGGAUCUACUGUUCAAACAGAACUUCUAGCACUUCUCAUGGGGCUCAAAAUAGCUGUACAGAUGCAGCUUAAAUCGCUCACCAUUGAAACUGACGCCCAAGCAAUUAUAGGUAUGUUUAACGCACCACCAAUACAAUAUACUAAUAUUAUUAAUGACUGCAGGUUGUUACUCCUACAGCUGGAUAACCCACCACUACAACACAUCUACAGAGAGCAGAAUAGUGUUGCUGAUAGCGUAGCUACAUAUGGAGCCAUGCAUUUAACGGAGCAAUGCAGUGUAUUUGAAAGACCACCACUUUUUGCAAUGUCGUCUUACAUACAGAAUCACCAGGGCAUGCUACAAAGAAGACUAAUUAGGACUGACUCUACUGCUUCAGCAUAA